AUGGCGACGCCUCCCACCAUCAUAGUCAACGCGUUAUCCGCCAACCCCUCAGACUACGCCUGGUCACCAUUUUCAGACCCUCAACAUCGCUUGGAAGAAGAACGCAGUUGGCUUUACUACCUCGCCGAGAUCUCCCUCCGGCGGACGAUCAAAAGCACUAUGUCCGUGUUGUACCGAAAAGGCGAGGCCUACUGGCUGAGGAACGAAGAUUUAUUAGUCCGACAAUAUGACGAGUUUGAAACGGAAAUUUCGCAAUUACACUCCCAUCUUCCGCCCCUGAUCCAAUUCACCGAACACGACUACCCAGACAACGAACUCGCAUUCUACCUCCAAGGCCGGUUCCAAGGUUGGCGCGAAUCAACCCUCCGGCCGCUCCUCUACUGCGCCAUCCAUGGAACCCAUAGCCGUGGCCAACAUGGCCAGAGCCAGCAGCACCCUACGAACCCGCGCGUGAUUCACCUCGCUCAAAGAGCCGUCGACACUUGCGCCGCCAUGAUCGUCAAAACGGCGCACCACCACCGCCAUGGCGGAAGCUGGUUCGUCGCCCGCCGCGCAUUCUCCUGCGCCGUCAUGGUCCUCGCGGUCGUCGCGGCAGAGAACCGCCCUGUGGACCCGCCCUCGAACUGGAACUCUCUCGUGCGGCUUGCGCUGAGGGUUCUCGGGCGAUGGGGCAGAGAGGCGCAUGAUCUCGAGCGCAUGCGGGAGACGCUCCAGCGGCUCUUCCACAGAGUGCAGCAAAAGGUGGGUUCCGGAGUGGCGGUAUGA